AUGCCUGCUUCGUCCGUCAACAUCGAUGAUGAUGCCUCAAUAGCACGACUCCUGGCGGAGGAUGCGAGGGCAUCUUCAUCCCGCUAUGCCAAACAAGGGCUCUCAGCAUUGUUGCCAAAGCGGCCCGCCGGAAGCGCGCCAAAAGCGAAUACCAGAUUUCUCAAAGCCCUCGUGAGAGACGCAGACAGUCACAAUGCGGCACUGAGACGGAAAGAGGAUCGAGAGCGAGUCGAGCGCCUCCGCAAUGGCGGGAAGAAGCCGACCUUGGACUCAAAUAUGGAUGACAACAGACAACGGCAGGGGAAAGGUAGGGACCAUGACCGUGACAGAAAGCGGAGACGUCUCAGCAGCGUUCGAAACGAUAGUAAGGCAAAGCGCGAUGGAGUCCGAGACUUUCGAUCCAGGCGACGCGACAGACACGACAGUGACAGUCGCUCGAGGUCCCGGUCCCGCGAAAGCGGUGCGCACAAGCAUAAAUAUGGACGUCGACGUCACGACGGCGAUGGCACAAGGUCGAGGCACGGUCAAGAUUCCGACUCUGGGGAGCGACCUGAGAGGUUGCACUAUAAGUACAAGCGUCACCGCUCCAGAUCCCGAAGCCCUCGAAAUGGUGUGUCUGGAGACGGAGUGGUGGCGCGGUCCCCUAAGCCUGUGACUCAGCCGAGACGGGGAUCCUCAUCCUCUGAUCCUUUGGAGGAGCUUGUUGGACCUUUACCAGCAAAGGAGCCUGACUUGCCGGCACGUGUCCGGGUCCGCGGCCGGGGAGCCCACAAAAUUGCGUCAACGUCCAACAUUGAUGCACAUUUUUCGCCGAAGUACGACCCAAGUUUGGACGUCCAUCCAGAGGAGGAGCACUCCGAUGAGCGUGAGGACUGGGAGAUGGCACUGGAGGCUGUCCGCGAUAGGCAGGCCUGGAAGAAGAAGCAUGCCGACAGGCUGCGCGAGGCUGGUUUCAACGAUGACGAGAUCGACAAGUGGGAGGAUCCGGGCCGGGAAAAGGAUGCACGAGACGUCCGUUGGCGGAGCAGAGGUCAGGUAAGGGAGUGGGACAUCGGAAAAGACGAACAGCCCAGCAACGAAGUCGAAGAUGGCCGACUAUCCCCUUAA